CUUCAUACAACUCAUUCUGCGGCACGCCACAGCCGACCGCCUCCUUGGAAUCGCUUUAUCACUGCUUUCCCCUGGUUCUUCCCGGAGUACCCACAUCCGCAUGAUUAUCGCGAAAGCCUACUCCAUAGCUUUUCGUCCGGCCAUCGAGUGGUACCCGGACCCGUCGCUGCUGAUCUCACUGGCGCGACCAUGAAGUUCCCGCGCGCCUGCCGACAGUGCCGUGCCACCAAAAGGAGAUGUAUUCGUGACGGACCCGGCGAGGCCUGUGGCACCUGUCAGCGCAAAGGUCUCGCGUGUGAGGGUGACUUGCGUCACGGGCGGGCGUGCCGACAGGCUCUCCUUCCACGAAGGCCCUCCAGCGACGAGCAAGUACUCGCUUUCGCGGCGAAACCGGCACCGCUACCGACGCAGUCCCACCCAUCUCUGACAAGCAGUCUUGAGCUUCCCCAAGGCAUGGCAGUGGAGAUGGUCGAGCACUACCUCGAGAGGAUCAACAAUGGACGGCCCUACAGCAUCUUCCACCCCGCGACGCUGCGGGCCCAGGUACAGCGAGGCACCAUGAACCAGCCACUGCUCUUUGUGAUCUGUGCCAUCGGCGCCAAGUUCUCUGCCAACCCCGAUGUCCGGGCGUGGGAGUCCCGCCUGAUAGCCGAGGCGAAACGCCUGUUGCAGCUCGGCAUGGAGGACGUCUGCCUCGAGCAUAUCCAGGCCUGCAUCCUCAUCUCGACCAUGUGUGUCGAUCUGUCCAACUCGUCCGAGGUUCUGUACCACCGCAUUGCGUCGGCCAUGGCGGAUGUUUUGAAUCUCAACUCGCCAGCCCAGGACACAUCAAUGAUCGUGGCCGAGAUGAAGCGGAGGGCGUGGUGGGCAUGUUACCUAGCUGAGAACUGGUGUGUCUCUGGGCUCAGACUGCUGAGCCCGAUCAAACACGCACCCAUCGUGAUUGCCCUGCCCAUGGAUGAGGCCGAUUUCCUGACGCUGCCUACAGACCAGUCGCUCCCUCAUCGCGAAACCUGCCGGACAGGAUGCUUCGCGGAGCUCCUCCAGCUCAGCAAGCUCUUCACUCCUAUACAAGAUCUGAACCGGCGCGUUGCUAGCGGCGAGACCGGGACAAGUCAGCUCGAUCGGGAAGUCGAGGUGCUCGCCCAGCAGCUCGACGAGUGGAAACGGCAGCUCCCGCCUGAUAUCGAGAUGAGCUGGGAGAACCUCGACCUGCACCAAGAACGGGGUGUAGGGGGCUCUUUCGUCCUUGUGCAUCUCACAUACCACUACUAUGCUACGCUUCUCUACUUUCGUUUCCUGGAGCAGGACCGGGGUGGCGACCAACAACUGACGGCCAACUCAGCGAUCUACCGGAAGUAUGUUGACUGCUGCAAGAUGCACGCCUCGUCCUUUAGCGCGCUCUUACGCCGCGCGAGGCAGCGCAAGGGCUGCGAACCAAACUUCCCUCUGAUCGGACACAUGACGACCGUCUCUUCAUCGGUGCUGGUCCACACGCUUCUCUUUGGGGACGUCACUGAGCUCAGAGCGGCGCGGCAGGAACUGCAGGCAAACUUUGAGGCGCUGAUCGACUUGGUGAAAUACUGGCCUGGAACAUCCACUAUGAUUGCCCGACUGGUUAUGUUCCAAAACACAUGCCUGCUCUCGACAGAGCUCAAGACGCACCGCCUGGACGGGUGGAUGCUGAGAUACCUACUUGAGCGCUCUCUGGCGGGCCACGAGGCUGCUGCUUCGACGCCAGUCAUCCCUCUAGACUUGCGUCGCGAGUCUGAUGACCCGUGGCUGGCGUCCCGAGCCAAGGCCUUUUCGGAAGCCGGAAGGUAUAUGAGCUUUAUGUAGAACACAUUUCCAGAGACCUCCGGCGUGGCUUGAAUAAAAAACGGUGGUUGCACCAACUACCCGUGUCAGGAGCUUGAAGAUCAAUAUCAGAGGCGAUUCUUGUUCCCUUGUGUAAUUGUUCGGAAUACUCUCUUUGGUGGUCAGGUAGGUCAGCAUCUGCGGCACAAGUGGUAGGCCCGUUCAGGGACACUUUCCAGCACCGCGGAUCUUCGUAAUACAUAUAAUUAGAA